CUUUAAAAUGAGAGUCUUAACCAUUCAAACAAUUUUAGAUUUAUCCAGAUUUAAGUUUUAAAUUUCAGGUUUUUUAUUUAUUUCACUUCCAUAUAUUUUGAUCCUCCAUAAAAAGAUUAAUUCGCCACUUCUGUUAGUAUAAAGGUGGGGCAGAAACCCCCCUCCUUCCCUUUCGGAGGUAUUUUGCUUCUUGGGGGUCUUUUCCAGGAAAUUAAAUAUAGAAUAGAAAAGAGAAGAUCGAAUUCCUCACCCAGUUUGAAGCACGCUGUUCACAGUUGUGCUAGUUAGUACUUUUGGACUUUGGUUGCAAGUAGCUUGGGUUGGUCUAUGCAAUAGAGCCAACCUUUCUCCUGUCAGGUUAGAAAGCUUUCCCCAAGUCGAAUGGAACGACCGCCACCGUUCCAGAAUCGCUGGAGCACCCUUCUUUUUUCGUCGCCUCUCCGGGGUGACUUAGACCCAUUUAGGGUCCCCAGGCAGGGCGAAAUCAGCCGCGGGGGUGUGGAGAAUAUGCAAGCCCAGUCACUACCGCCCAGGACCAGAAGUCCUUUCAGGUACAAUUUGAAGUGCUGAUUUUUACCUUUAAUUUUUUUUUUAUUGCAUACUUUCAGGAUUCUUACAGUAGAGUUGGUUCAACCAAUUCAAUUUUGCUGAGAAUUGCUGGUAGUCGUACUAGUCCCCUGGAAUGCUAAUACAGAGAGAGAGAGAGAGAGAGACUUCAAAUUUGAUUGCCUUCUGGAAGAAGUUAAAAUGAACUAGAGAGCAGUCUAGUAUAUGAUUUUAUCUGGAGUGGUAUGUUAAUGGCUGCUGGACUACCAUACCAUUUUGGAGAUUUUAUGAUGUUUUAUGUUUUUAUGUAAAUUAACAAGAGGACUAAGAAUCCUCCAAGACCACAGCAAGACAUUCUGUGUAUCUGCCUGUUUUGUCUCCAUCCCUCAUCCUAGCACAAAUUCCUGCUGAAUUGUAAGCAUUAGAUCUGAGGAUAUAUUAGCCUUUUCUCAACAUUGGAAAUUCUCAAUAAAGUUACAAGGAUAUUUUUUUGUAGAGGAAACUGUUGCUUGUUUCAGUAGUUUCAAAUAUGAGUUUCUCAAAUAACUUGAUUCCAUGACCAAAUGUGUUGGAUAUCCAGGACUGAGGCAUUGAAGAGCCUUCAUAUUUUGAAGCCCUAGUCCUUGUCCUUUCAAGAGAGCUUCUUUACAUUAAUGUGGCAGACCUUCCAACAGGCUUUUGAGGUGUUAACGGUUCCCUUUGAGUCUAGGAUAACUUGCCAUGGUCAACUUGUCAUGAGAUGACAGGACAAAAGUUACGCUAAUGUUGAAAAAAAAAGGUGGAAUAGAAUCAUUAAAGGAUGCAAAAAAAGGGAUGAAAUGUGAAUGACAAAACUUAAAAUAAUGUUUUAAUUAUUUUAAACAAUUGAAUUGAAUUGUUGAAUUGUCCUGUGAUAAGUUGGCUCAUGACAAGUUGGUCGUGGCAGAUUGGCUGCAGUGAGUUGUCCCAUUCCAAUCAUAAAUGUUUGCAUACAUCAAGUCUGUUUGUCUGCUGAAUUUUAACUCCUUUCUGUAAUGUGUAAACAGUAUUCCCUUUCCUGCCUCCUUUUUCGUUAUCUCCAUCCAGUUUUGUUCUCUCUCUCUCUCUCUCUCUCUCUCUCUCUCUCUCUCUCUCUCUCUCUCUCUCUCUCUCUCACACACACACACACACACACACACAGAGAGAGAGAGAGACGAGAGAGAGAGAGAGAGAGAGAGAGAGAGAGAGAGAGAGAGAGAGAGAGAGAGAAUUUCUAUUCCCUUUUCAUGGCAGUUAUUCCAAUCAGGUUUUUAAUUUGGGGGGGGGGAUUUAAUUGUUUCUACUGGAAGGUAGGAAAGCAGAGUGUUUACAUAUUUCUGUGUAACACAGAAGUUGUUUGCCUGGUUGACAGAGUGAGGGCAGAUGAAAAAUCAAUAUAUACAAAAGGGGUUCCUUAUUUUAUAAACAACUAGCUUUAAUCAGGAGCUCUUAAUUCAGUUAAUAAAUAUUAACAUUAAACCGGUGUUUAUUAAUGCAUUAAUUUAUUAGUUGUCUAGAAUUGUCUCAAACAGCAAGAUGGGUUCUAGGAUGAUUUCAGAUGGAACUAGCAACCCUAUGUUGAUAGCAUGGGGAUGUUGUCUAUUAUACAGCAUUUUUAAGCAUUUUUUACUUUUUAAUGUAUUCCUUUUUGUUCAGUUCAUUUAAUAACCACGGGUCUUUUCUUUGGGGACAUAAAGUCAUGCUUUCUGCAGAAUGCAGUCUCUGUCUAUAAUAGUUCUUUCAUAUAGUCAGCACACAAAUGUCAACAACUCUCAAGUAUUUUUCUAGAAAGCUGACUUUCAGGUUGUUUUUAAAUUGUCUGGGUGAUGUGAUAUUUCUAUUAUUGUUUUCAUCAUCUCCUAUUUAAUUAAUAGUUAUAUGUUUUCUUUCUCUUUGAUUAAUUUGAAACAUAUACACCUAGAGUAUUGGCUAUUUUCUGUGCUGUAAUUGUAAAUUUUUUAUCCCUUGUAAUUGACAAAAUUUCAUUAAGCAAACUAGUAGUUUUUCUUGCCUCCUCCAUUCAGGGCUUUAAAAUACAGGUAAUCCUUGACUUAUGACUACAAUUGAGUCCAAAAUUUUUGUUGCUAAGUGAGACAUUUCUUUUACCCCAUUUUGUAAUCUUUCUUGCCACAAUUGUUAAGUUAAUCACUGCAGUUGGUAAAUUAUUAACACGUUUGCUAAAUGAUUCUGGGUUUCCAUUGAUUUUGCUUGUCAGAAGGUCGCAAAAGGUAAUCACAUGAUCCCGGGACACUGCAAUGGUCAUAAAUGUGAGUCAGUUUCCAAGUGUCUUAAUUUUGAUAAUGUGACCAUGGGGAUGCCGCAAUGGUCAUAAGUGUGAAAAACAGUCAUAGGUCACUUUUUUCAGUGCUGUUGUAACUUCAAAUUGUUGUAAUUCAAGGACUACCUGUAAUCAGAAUAAUGUGGGAAAUAACAUAAAAAUCUACAGUUGAAUGCUAGUUCUAUUUAAACAUGCUUGCAUCUAUCUGCUGAGGUUACUUAUUUUGUGGCCAGCUGAUUCUAGAGAAAAAGAAUUAUAACAGAUUGUGCAAGUUCUGCUCAAUUGUUUUCCUCCUUAUCUUUGUCUUCUAGUUUUGCUUGUGAACACCAGCUGUUUGCAAGCCACAACAAUCAAGAGGAGUUCUUUAUUAUUUUUAAUGGAUAUAUAAAAUGAUGUGGAAUUUGUUCGCAAACUAUUUGUAAGUGAAAUAUGAUUGGCUCAAAUACUUUCUACCUUUGUAGCAUAAGUGCAGAUUUGCAUGGAUUGCUCAUUUUACUUUUCCUAUGCCUAUUUCAAAAAUCAAGUUUGCUAAGGACUGGGAAAUAUUUUAGCAAAGUUGUGGAAAAGGAACAAAAAAAUCAUAGCAUUUUAGAUAGAAACUAGAAACAUGUACAGGAUGGUAUUGUGAUCCAAACCAUUAUUUCUCCAGCUUCUCUUCCUUUCUUUUUCAACGUUUCCUGUUUAGCCCGUCAAGAACAGGAGGUUGGGUUUUUUUUUACUGCCCUGCAGAAGCUUAAAAUAUGCAACUGCUGAAUAAUUUGUCAUUGUCAGUAACAUUUGCAAAAAUGGUAUGUCCAAACAAUAUGGUUUUGUUAAUAAUUAGAUGUGGUGAAAGCAUGCCAGUUCAAAGUUUGCAUACAUCACAGAGUUAUUGUAAAGUAAAAUAUACAAAGUUCUUCUGCAGCUGAGCUCAGAAAGCAAAUAAUUGACUUGCAUCUGCACAGCUGCAAAUUAAGCAGGAUGUAGCAAUUCAAAAGGGUUCAGAUCCCUAGGGAAUAUGAUAUGCUAGGCCAUUUUCUAAGAUAGUUACCAUAGCAUUUUCUAAGAUACUUGCCUGAUAGUUUGAAUCCUAUAUAACUUGAGCCAAAGAUAACUUUGGCCAACAGUUGCAUCUUGCUCUGCUUAAAAUUCCAAAUACCCCACACAAAAACCAGAAAAAAAAGUGGGUGGGACUGAUAGUAAAGACAUGUAUAUAAUUCUGCCUGUAGCCAUUGCUAGUCAAAAAUUUGUCAGAGGUCUAAAGGAGGUAUAAAAACACUUUAGCAGACAGAACAACACUUUUUCUUAGAUAUCUUACUAACCUUUACCUACUCCCCAUCCAAUCCCCACUUUUUUCUUAAACUUGAAAGCCUAUUCUGAAACUAUUCUGAAUCUAAAUCUAUUUGAUCACGUAAUACAGGUAAGCCUUCUCUGUUUCCCUUCCCAGGCCUUCAACAACCUACCUGUGCUCCAUAAUGCCAUCUGUGGUGCCCCCAUUCUCCCAGGGUACCCCCACACUCAUCUUUGAUUAUUGCAUUUUCCUGCUUAACCUUGAGGUUACAACAGCAAUUGGGAUUGCCAUUGCUAAGCGAUAUAGUUGUAUGAUAUGACCAUAUCACUGUUGACAGUCCAGGUCCCAAUUGCUAGCAUAAUCUGAAGAUUACUUCUAAGACAUAUUUUAAGGCCAUGUCCCAUAUUUCCCCAGAAAAUCGAAACACCAUAUGUAAACUUAGUUUUAGAUUUUUCCCAUAACUCUGGAACAAGUUGGGCUGAAAGAGACAUCCAAUGAAUUUUUAUUAUUAUUAUUCAUUAAAUUUAUUGUGCUCAUCCAUUCCAAAAGAUAACACCCAAAUAUAGAAUUAAAAUUGUUAAAAACAUGACAGCAAAAAAACAACUAGCUGAGAUUCAGCUUUUUGGUAAUUGUCUCAAACCAAAAUAAAUUAUUUCCAACCAAGGAUCUCUGUUUCCUUUAAUAAAAUGCAUUGAGAUGAAAGGAAUAGGGUUACAAGAAUUUCAGUAACUGUUGCAACUAUUUCCAAAUAUUUGUACUAUUUCCAAUUUAGUACUAAUACUAAAGCAACAGUUUUUAGCUUUUUUCCACCUUGAUGCAGCACAGAGAUGGAUCUUUUCAUUGGUAACAGGUCUGCAGCUUCUGGACUAACCACUAUGGAGGAUGGAUUUGGACCAGUUUUUCCCCAACCUCAUUGAAGACUACCUCUAUUUUGAAUGAUUACAUUAUAUUUUAACCAUACUUUUAAAGAUUUCUUAAAUGUUGCUUAAAUGUCCUCUUUCAAGGAAGUAGUGCACUAAAGUUGUCAGUUACAGAACAGAUCCAAAAGGCGUUUGCUAUCCUAGUUCACAUUUUCUACUAUAGAUGCAAACAAUUGGAUGAAGAACAAAUCGAAUGGUAGAAAAAGAGAAAGGUAUAGUCUACAGAUAUAAGCCUGCUGAUAUAAAUGAAGACUAGGGGUUGUUUAGGCAAGCAGUUCUUCAAAAUUUUAGGAAAAUAUUGCAACUAUAGUCCAAGGGAGAACAAGGCACUUGAGCUGGAAAGAGACAAAAAGAGCUCAUUCAUUCUGUAAAUUUCAGGAAACCAAAUAGCAAACUAGAAGCAGGAAUGGAAACUCCUGCAAAGGGCUUCUCUUGCCUGCAUGAGUUUGUAUUUUUCUUUCCUUAGCAAGCAGGCACAAAGAAAAAUAAAACUGAAGUCUUCUGGCUGAGAUGAAUGGAAAUUCAGUCUCAGGGCUGUCAAGCUGUGCUCCUUCCCCUAAAAAAAAAAUUGAAGAAGAAAUGGAAAAUGCUUGUAUAAAAGAGGGAACCUUUCAAACCUCUUAGCCCUUUGGGUUUCCCGAAGCAUGACACAAGGUCCUGUCUCAAUCCAGAGAAAAAUAAAGCAAUAGACAUCCAAGUAUACAUGUUGUUCAAACACUGCUAUCUGGCAGUUCCCUGUAGGCAGACCAUACAAUUCUCAAGUCAUGACUUCGCUUCCUUGCCUUGCGGCAGGACAAAUUGGCUCAGCAUUCCUUCUCAAACAACCAUAAGGCAUGGCAAAGCAUUUACCCUUCUAGCAUGUGGAUGUACCUCAACAAAAACGUUACCUUUCUUUCUAUGAGUUAAUGUGAUACUGUACGUCGAUUCUGAUAAACCACUCAAAGCAAUAUUUAUAGAGUGUGUUGCUAUUAAUAUAUUCUGUUAUUUGUUGCCAUCAAUCCUCUGUGUUUUAAUUUUUGUAGCCAUCUUGAAUCCUUUCCUCAAGGAACAGUUGGAUUUAAUUGCUAGCCCAAAGAACUAACUUUGGAGAAGGAGACAGCUUUUUUUAUUUCCGAAACAUGCUGAACCUAUCAGACAUUCUAGUAUCUAUUAUCAUGUGGACUUUGUCGUUCCUUGGGAAACUGACUGCGGGAGCAAACUGAAAUAAGUGGUUUGUGAUUUAUCCCGUGACUCACUACUGUUUUCUCUAGCCCCAGGAUGUCUGUGCCACACAGUACAAAUAUAUCUCCACAAGCAUGAAGAGGAGGGUUAUAUGCCUUUGCUGACCUUUAACAAACCCCUCCUUUCAAGUUUCUUCCUCCUCCUAGUCUGUCUUCUCUGUCUUUCAUUCUGACUAGUUACAAUUCCAGAGAGUGGUUUGAAAUUGGAACACCACUGCUAGACUCCUCUGUUUCUGCUAUUGCAAAGAUGAAUCAGAAAGUUCUUCUCCUCAUGCUCAUUUUAGCCUUUCUAGCAAUUUUUGCUUUAGUGUGUAUUUUGUUGACCAGAGGUGAAAAAUAUGAUAGCUGUGCUUCUCAGUCUCAAGUUUUAUCCGAGCAUCUAAAUAGCAAAUGGAGUUGGCUCUUUGCUGAUUUAUCACAAGAGGAAUUAGUCCAUGUAGUACAAUAUUUGAAAUACAAUCUUGGAGCAACCUUGGAAGAUGCUUCUCAUGCAAAGCCUUCUGAUAACUGCAUUUAUUCUGUUGAUUUGGAGAAGCCCUCUAAAGCAGAGACUUUGUCAUUUCUGGAUCAUGGAGGAAGAUGCCCACCUAGGCAGGCUUUGGUUAUAGUGUUUUUUGGAAAUCAGCCAGAUCCAAAUAUUACUGAAUAUGUGGUGGGUCCCCUCCCACAGCCAAUAUAUCACCGGGAUGUGACAGUGCAGAAGUAUGGAGGACAAGUGCCAUAUUAUCGCAGACCUUCACUGAUUGCUGAACACAAGCAGAUGGCCCACUUUCUGAAGAGUACAUUGUUCCCCACUGCUCCAAGCUUCAUGCGUGAAGUAUUGAACUACAAUGGAGCCAACCUAGCAGCAAUGACUACAUCACCAAAGGGAAUGAAAUCUGGGGAUCGUGCAACUUGGUUGAUUCUGUACCAGAAUGUAACUGGUUACUUUUUACAUCCUGUUGGGCUUGAAGUGCUAAUAGACCACAGAAGCCUAGAUAUUACCCACUGGAUUGUGAAGAAAGUGUUUUAUGGUGGCCAAUAUUAUAGGGAUAUGGCACAAUUGGAAAAAGAAUUUACAGAGGGGCAUAUGCAUGUGGAAAAGGUGAACAGAGUUCCAGCUGAUGGGGGAUUCUCUUCAAUGAAACCCAGGGUGCAUCAUGCCAAACUCAGUUCCCUGAAUUAUGAACCUUUUGGACCACAGUACAGUGUGAAAAACAACCAAGUCCACUCUGCAUCCUGGAGUUUUGCCUACCGAAUGGAUGUAUAUACAGGACCACAACUUUUUGACAUUAGGUUCAAAAAUGAAAGGGUUGUGUAUGAGCUCAGUGUGCAAGAUACAAUGUCAGUCUAUGGCUCCAACAACCCUGGUGGGAUGUCUAUUAGGUACAUGGAUGGGAGUUUUGGAAUUGGAAAGUUUUCAUCUCCUCUUAUGCGAGGGAUUGACUGCCCUUAUUCUGCUACUUAUAUUAAUGUUACCUAUCUAGCAGAAGUAGAAAGACCUCUCAUUACUCGUGAUGCUAUUUGUGUUUUUGAACAGGAUAUGGGGGUUCCAUUUCGCCGUCAUUUUUCCAAACUUCACUCUCUGUAUUAUGGAGGGCUACAAAGCACAGUUUUGGUCUUUCGCUCUGUGUCCACCAUUGGCAAUUAUGACUAUGUCUGGGAUUUUGUAUUUUAUCCAAAUGGAGCAAUUGAAAACAAAGUCCGUGCCACUGGUUAUAUAAGUUCAUCUCAUCUCCAUAAUGAUGGCCUAGAUUAUGGAAACAGAGUUGGAGACCACACUCUAGGAACAAUUCAUACACACUUUGUUGGCUUCAAGCUGGAUCUAGAUGUCGCUGGUAAGUAUGCAGAUUUUCUGUUUCUGUCAAAUAAAUCCUGAAUCCUAUCUCUUCUGUUGUGUGCAUUUACAGUAGAUACUAUAUUUGACAGACAUUUGGAUGGUUUGCAGUAUAUAUUUUGUGCUAUUUAAGAGACUGAUUUCAGAGUAUCAGCCUCUUUUAUGUUUAUACUCUUCCUGUAGCCUGUCAAUAAUUCACUGUUCUUUUCAAAUUCCUAUAUUAGCAAAUCCUAUAAGUUCAGGCUUUGUACUGUUAAUAAUUACAGAGUAAGAAGCUGGGCUCUGCUGAAUAUUGGUGCUAAUCUAUCCCAGAAUACUUAUCUUAGCAUGCCUUGACCCUCUGCUUUCAGAAAUGAUCUCAUGCUGAUAUAUAGUCUUUUUAUGAGAUUCCAAUG